CAAUGAUCUCAAGAUUCGUUUGACCUCGACCACCAAAUCUCCACUCCUACGAGUCGCUACUCGAGUCAAUUGCUGGCAGAAGCAAAUCCCGCCAUGCUCUACAGAACGACCGCUGCUCGCUCUGCCCUCAGGGCCCUCUCGAGCUCCAAUAUCUCGGUGGCUCGCUCGGCUGUCGCCAACAAUGUGUUCAAGGCGCAGUUGACAUCCUCCGCGCGUUAUCCCGCUCGGCCGAUGCCGUCGCCCACCAUGGCGCUGGCUGCUCGCAAGCCUGUGACCACUGCGCUUAUCCGCCACGCCUCUUCUGCUUCAGGUAGCGGCAACGAAGAGGAUGACCCCGACAUGAUGGCUGGUAUGAAGUCCGACGCGAAAGUCAUCAAGGACACCUUCAGCCUUGAGGGCGUUCCCAAGGAGGCUAUGUUCCUCGGCUUGGCUGGUGUGAUCCCCUACCUUGCUACCUCUCUCCAGACCGUCUACCUCUCGUACGAAAUCAACCGGGCCACCACUACUGGUGACGGUCUCCUCCUCUCCGGCGACACCGCUGAGUUGUUGCUGCACUUGCUCGAGCCUGUGCAGGUCGGCUACGGUGCUGUGAUCCUUUCUUUCCUCGGAGCCAUCCACUGGGGUCUCGAGUGGGCCAGCUACGGCGGCAAGAUCGGCUACAAGCGCUAUGCGGCCGGUGUUCUGGCACCUGCCGUGGCCUGGCCGACUCUGCUGCUCCCCGUUGAGCACGCACUGAUCAGCCAGUUCCUUGCGUUUACCUUCCUGUACUACAGCGACGCCCGUGCUGCGGCGCGUGGCCACGCUCCCUCGUGGUACGGCAUGUACCGGUUCGUGCUGACCUUUGUGGUCGGUGCCAGCAUUGUGGCCACUCUGAUUGGCCGUGAGCAGAUCGUCAACACCAUCACCUCGGAGCACACCAUCAAGGACAAGAUUAACGCUCUUCUGUUCCUGCAGAAGAAGGAGAAGGAGGAGGCUGAGGCCCGUCGCCGGGCCGAGCUUGGCCAGGAGGAGGAAGAGUAAGGGCGUGCAUCCGCAUUGAGAGAAGUGGAUUUUGUAGUUUAAAAGAUAUGCGUGUGAUAAUUGUAGAUUAUGCGAUCGACCGCCGCUAAUUUCAUUUGUUGAUGCCACUCUAGUAUAUGGAUUAUGUAGUAUAACGGAGAUAUAUAUAUAUAUCGUACCUUAUCAU